ACUCCGCCUAAUGGCGGGCCGCCAGUCGCCGGUGAAACCCACGUUUGUGGUUCCUCCCUCAAGCCGACCUCUUACCCAAUCAGUGGCUUCGGCCUCUCAAUGUUGGUGCUCAUUGGCUUUCGCAUAAAAGCUCUGGGGUUACUGACGUUUCCACCUCUUCCCGGCCUCUCAGGUAAUUGGCGUUCGCGGUAACCAAUCAAGAGGAGGAUCUUCGGGAACGCCUGCCAUUUACUUUAUUGAACGACCAAUCCGGUGGAUAGGUCACCUCCCCCUCUCUACCCAGAGUCACUGCUGCGGCCGCCGCCAUUUUAGCGUUUUGUCAGAAGCGUCCGUGCCGCGAGGAAGAGGCCCUCCCGAUUUCUGUGCGGUGAGAGACUCCGAGCCCUUCCACUUUCUUUCCUUUGCUUUGUAAGAUCUUGUCUCACUACCUUGGGCGUCGGGGGUGUCCUGGUUGGGUCGCGGCCUGCGCGCCCGUCACUGAGAGACGACCUCGGUCCUCGGCAUUGCGCGGCUGUUUCGAAAUGGUGAAGCUGUUCAUUGGAAAUCUGCCCCGGGAGGCCACAGAGCAAGAGAUCCGCUCACUCUUUGAGCAGUAUGGGAAGGUGCUGGAAUGUGACAUCAUUAAGAACUACGGCUUUGUGCACAUAGAGGACAAAACUGCAGCUGAGGAUGCCAUACGCAACCUGCAUCACUACAAGCUUCAUGGGGUGAAUAUUAAUGUGGAAGCCAGCAAGAAUAAGAGUAAAACCUCAACAAAGUUGCAUGUGGGCAACAUCAGCCCCACCUGCACCAACAAGGAGCUUCGGGCCAAGUUUGAGGAAUAUGGUCCAGUCAUUGAAUGUGACAUCGUGAAAGAUUAUGCCUUUGUACACAUGGAGCGGGCAGAGGAUGCAGUGGAGGCCAUCAGGGGCCUUGAUAACACAGAGUUUCAAGGCAAACGAAUGCACGUGCAGUUGUCCACCAGCCGGCUUAGGACUGCGCCCGGGAUGGGAGACCAGAGCGGCUGCUAUCGGUGCGGGAAAGAGGGGCACUGGUCCAAAGAGUGUCCAAUAGAUCGUUCGGGCCGCGUGGCAGACUUGACCGAGCAAUAUAAUGAGCAAUAUGGAGCAGUGCGUACGCCUUACACCAUGAGCUAUGGGGAUUCGUUGUAUUACAACAACGCGUACGGAGCGCUCGAUGCCUACUACAAGCGCUGCCGAGCUGCCCGGUCCUAUGAGGCAGUGGCGGCUGCAGCUGCCUCUGCAUAUAAUUAUGCAGAGCAGACCCUGUCCCAGCUGCCACAAGUCCAGAACACAGCCAUGGCCAGUCACCUCACCUCCACCUCUCUCGAUCCCUACGAUAGACACCUGUUGCCGACCUCAGGAGCUGCUGCUGCCACUGCGGCUGCAGCAGCAGCAGCUGCCGCUGCUGUUACUGCAGCUUCCACUUCAUAUUACGGGCGGGAUCGGAGCCCCCUGCGUCGCGCUACAGCCCCCGUCCCCACUGUUGGAGAGGGCUACGGUUACGGGCAUGAGAGUGAGUUGUCCCAAGCUUCAGCAGCUGCGCGGAAUUCUCUGUACGACAUGGCCCGGUAUGAGCGGGAGCAGUAUGCGGAUCGGGCGCGGUAUUCAGCCUUUUAAAGCUUGAGGUGGGAUGUAUGUGGGCUGAAAUUCCGAGCUGCGGUUGUGCAUGAGAAUACACCCUUCGUGGUACCCCAUCUCCGGGACGUUCUCGGCUCUGUGCGUUCAGUCCUCAGGAACCGUGGACCUUAAUUUACCUUGCUAAGUUCAGACCUUCUCCUUUGUUUUUCUCUCUCCUGCCCAUUUUCCUGUUGUUCAGUACUUCCUGUAGCUUUCCUGUUCACAUUCUGUUCUCCCAGCAGGCCUCAUUGUAUGCAGAAACUGUGGUGGGGGCUAUGCCGUUUCCUCCCCACCUCCUGCCAACACUGUGGGUGUUGGAUUUGGGAAUGACCUUGAUGAGAGGGUCACUGCUCCUGGGUUUCUUUUGACCCAGAGGAUAGACCUUAUAGAAUUGAAAUCACUUUUUUUUCUUUCCGGUGAAAUAAAUGGUUUUUCAACUU